GACUGACUCGCGCUCAGUAACACUGUUUGUGGAGGGGCUGGAGGGCAGGCAAACUGUGCCAGGUUGGAGCAGCCUUGCGUUCCUGAAGCUGGAGAGGAUUGUACAGGGGUUUGUCUUCCCCUGCCUGGAAAAGAAUUUCCCCUCUGCUAACAGCAGCCGCCGCAGCCGCCGCCGCCGCAGCAGCAGCAGCAGCAGCAGCAACAGCCGCCCUACCUCCUCUUCUGGGGAACAGGGCAGAAUGCCUGUGUUAGAGAGGUAUUUCCACUCAGCAGAGCUCGGCAGAAGGUGGACAGCCCCAGAAGGUAUGCUGCCCUCCUCACUGGACAGUCAGUCGGGGUGCCAGCAGGGGCCGCUGCCCUGGGACUUGCCCGAGAUGAUCAGGAUGGUCAAGCUGGUUUGGAAAUCCAAAAGUGAGCUGCAGGCAACCAAACAGAGAGGCGUGCUGGAAAGCGAAGAUGCUCUCCACAGCUUUCCAGGAGAUGUACGACUAAGGGGUCAGACAGGGGUUCCUGCUGAACGCCGUGGCUCCUACCCAUUCAUUGACUUCCGCCUACUAAACAAUACCACACACUCAGGUGAAAUCGGCACCAAGAAAAAGGUGAAAAGACUGUUAAGCUUUCAAAGAUACUUCCAUGCUUCGAGGCUGCUUCGUGGAAUUGUACCACAAGCCCCUCUCCACCUGCUGGAUGAAGACUACCUGGGACAAGCCAGGCAUAUGCUCUCCAAAGUGGGAAUGUGGGAUUUUGACAUUUUCUUGUUUGAUCGCUUGACAAAUGGAAACAGCUUGGUGACACUGCUGUGCCAUCUCUUCAACAGCCAUGGGCUCAUUCACCACUUCAAGUUAGACAUGGUGACCUUACACAGGUUUUUAGUUAUGGUUCAAGAAGAUUACCACAGCCAAAAUCCAUAUCACAAUGCUGUUCAUGCGGCUGAUGUCACCCAGGCCAUGCACUGCUAUCUGAAGGAACCAAAGCUCGCCAGCUUCCUCACACCUCUGGACAUCAUGCUUGGACUAUUGGCUGCAGCAGCCCAUGAUGUUGACCACCCUGGAGUAAACCAGCCAUUUUUGAUCAAAACUAACCACCACCUUGCCAACCUUUAUCAGAAUAUGUCUGUGCUGGAGAAUCACCACUGGCGAUCUACAAUUGGCAUGCUUCGAGAAUCAAGGCUUCUCGCUCACUUGCCAACGGAAAUGACACAGGAUAUUGAACAGCAGCUGGGCUCCUUGAUCUUAGCAACAGACAUCAACAGACAGAAUGAAUUUUUGACCAGAUUGAAAGCUCACCUUCACAACACAGAUUUAAGAUUGGAUGAUGCACGUGACAGACACUUCAUGCUUCAGAUUGCCUUGAAGUGUGCUGACAUCUGCAAUCCGUGUAGAAUCUGGGAGAUGAGCAAGCAAUGGAGUGAAAGAGUGUGUGAAGAGUUCUACAGGCAAGGGGACCUUGAGCAGAAAUUUGAACUGGAAAUCAGUCCUCUUUGUAAUCAACAGAAAGACUCAAUCCCUAGUAUACAAAUUGGUUUCAUGAGCUAUAUCGUGGAGCCACUCUUCCGCGAAUGGGCCCGUUUCACCGGAAACAGUCCCUUGGCUGAAAACAUGCUAAGCCAUCUCGCACACAACAAAGCCCAGUGGAAGAGCCUGAUGCACAAGCUGCCCAGGAGCAGUGGCGGCAGCGGAGGGGGCACAGAACGCGCAGGUGCGGACGCUGAGACAGAGGCGCCCCCCGGCCCCGAGGCCGACGCCCAGUAG